UGAGAAGCCCUAGAAGACUAUUCGAGCGCUGGCUCGUCGAAGAAUUGCGAAGCUGAGCACGCGAUUCUCGAUGGUUUUGAUUACGAUCUGAAAUUUUUGACGACGAUUUUGAAGGUCUUCUAGCAGUCGGGCUGCUCACCAUGGCGCCGUCGGUGCUUAUGGUGGCGGAGAAGCCCAGUAUUGCUCUGUCGAUCGCUAAUUUUCUUUCACAUGGCCGGAUGUCAAGUAGGCGAUCUUACUUGGAGGUUCAUGAGUUUGAUGGGAGUUUCAGAGGAACAUCUGUCCGCUUUAAGGUUACGUCAGUGAUUGGUCACGUUCUCAGCAUAGAUUUUCCUCCAAAGUACCAGAGUUGGGAUACCACUGACCCUUUUGAGCUGUUUGAGGCACCAACAAUAAAAAAUGAGUCCAAUCCUAAGGCUCAUGUGUGCAAACAUCUGCAACAAGAGGCACGUGGUUGUGAUUACCUCGUGCUAUGGCUUGAUUGUGACCGGGAAGGAGAAAAUAUUUGCUUCGAAGUGAUGGAGAGUGCUGUUCCAGUGUUGAGAAAGUUACCUGGACAGCAAGUUUUCCGAGCCAAAUUUUCAGCUAUCAGUGAGAAGGACGUUCGAGUUGCAAUGAACACCCUUGGCGAACCCAAUAAAGAUGAGUCUUUAUCAGUGGACGCGCGUCAGGAAAUAGACCUGAAAGUUGGUGUAGCAUUUACACGCUUUCAGACUCGCUACUUUCAAGGGAAAUACGGCAACCUUGACUCUAGUGUUAUCUCGUAUGGUCCUUGUCAAACCCCGACACUCGGAUUCUGUGUGGAACGCCACCUCCGCAUCACAACCUUCGUUCCCCAGCCUUUUUGGGUUGUGAGACCUCACCUAAGCAAAGGAGGACAUCAAUUGAUGCUGGAAUGGGAUCGUAACCGCCUUUUUGAUCGUGAGGUUGCAAUGCUCUUUCAGAAACUGGUGUUGGAUGCUAAAUCAGUGCGCGUGGCCGACGUCGUAAAGAAAGAGGAUCGAAAGACCCGUCCACAUGGCCUUAAUACUGUAGACAUGCUCAAGGUGGCAUCGAGUGCACUUAAUAUGGGACCACAUCAUACCAUGCAAAUUGCUGAGCGCCUUUAUACACAAGGUUAUUUGAGUUAUCCUCGAACAGAGAGCACAGCAUAUCCAGCCAGCUAUGAUAUCCGUGAGGCUCUUUCUAUACAUAGAAAUCAUCCGAUUUGGGGAGACUAUGCUUCCUCGUUGAUGUCCUUGGGCCCUCAUCCUCCUAAGUCUGGAGUUGAUGUAGGUGACCAUCCUCCCAUCACCCCCACUAGAUCAGCGACAGAGUCAGAGUUAGGAGGAGGGGACUCGUGGAGAUUGUAUGAGUAUGUUACGCGGCAUUUUCUCGGUAGUGUGAGCCCUGAUUGCAAAUACACAAGAACGAAGAUCACUUUUACUGCUGGAGGUGAGAAGUUCUUUGCAAGCGGGCGAACAGUAACCUCGGCGGGGUUCACUGCUGUGAUGCCAUGGCUUGCUGUUUCAGAUGAAAGUUUGCCGCUUAUUUCUGCUGGAGAAUUAAUUCCAAUGACGGAUGUGGAACUUUACCAGGGGCGAACUUCAGCUCCAGAUUAUUUAACUGAAAGUGAACUCAUAACUCUAAUGGAAAAGCAUGGCAUAGGCACUGAUGCGUCCAUUUCAGUGCACAUCAAUAACAUCUGUGAGCGUAAUUAUGCACAGGUACAAUCAGGUAGACGAUUGGUGCCAACACCAUUGGGUAUCACGCUUGUACGCGGAUACCAAGUAAUUGAUGUGGAUCUUUGCCUCCCUGAUAUUCGUGCUUUCAUUGAGAAACAAAUAACACUCAUCGCUAAGGGGCAGGCAGAGUACUCUCGGGUGGUACGGCAUGUCUUGCAAGAGUUUGCUGCUAAGUUUGCCUACUUCGUUGCUCAGAUAGAGAUAAUGGACACACUUUUUGAGGCCCAGUUUUCUCCUUUGGCCGACUCUGGAAAGCCGUUGAGCAAAUGCGGAAAGUGUUUGCGUUACAUGAAGUACAUUGCUAUGCGACCAUCACGGCUUUAUUGUCCCUCAUGUGAAGAAGUGCAUGCCCUCCCCCAGAAUGGCCACAUCAAGCUGUACAAGGAGAUCACUUGCCCUCUUGACAACUUCGAGCUGGUGCUCUUCUCCCUCGCGGGUCCUGAUGGAAAAUCAUAUCCCCUUUGUCCUUAUUGUUACAAUAAUCCUCCCUUCGAGGGAGCAGAAAAACUUUUUGGUGGAGUAGGAUUCUCUAAGGAACCAGGGAAACAUGUUGGGAAGGGUGGAAUGCCUUGCACAUUAUGUCCUCAUCCCACUUGUCGAAAUUCAAUGAUUCAACAAGGAGUAUGUGCAUGUCCUGAAUGCGACGGCACCCUAGUUCUUGAUCCUGUGAGUGCCCCCAAAUGGAGGCUUGACUGCAACAAAUGCAGCAAUCUUGUCUAUCUUCCGCACAAUGCACAUAAAAUUGCAGUUUGUCAAGAACGGUGCGAAGAGUGUGGUUCUGCGCUAUUGGAGGUCAAUUUCAAUAAAAAUUCAACCCCCCUGUCAAAUGGAGCCACUCUACACAAAGCAUGCCUUCUUUGUGACGAACUGCUAUAUUCACUUGUAGAGGUAAAGCAUGGUAGAUCAUUUUUCAGUAGGUCUGGGAGAGGGAGAGGGAGGGGUAGGGGUAGAGGGCGGGGUCGCCGUGGUCGCGGUCGUAGUAGGGGGAGAGGGGAAGACCCUCGGAUGAGCUUCAGAGAUUUCUAAAUAAUUGCUGAAGAUGUGCAUCAUCGUGUUAAACUAGAGUUUUACAAAGUGCGCACCUGCGAGGAAUAAGAGUCUGACGCAGGAAGUGUAAGAGGUUGGAAGAAGAUGUUUGUUUGUACUUGAGGCACGAAAGAGUGGAGUCUCUUCACUCGACCGAAAAAUUGACAGUUCUACUGCAUGAUCUUGAAAGUUGAUACUGUUUCAGUCAAUCGAACACAUCGUUUAAUCCAGCACUGGGUUAAACCCUUAUUCCAGAGUGCUGGGUUUAGCGGUAUGCUCUAAACGGUGGACAUCUGACUG